AUGGACACAGCGGAGCCUCGGCGGGGCUUCCUUCUCCUCCUUCCGCCGCCGCCGCCGCCGCCGCCGAGGGUCCGGGCGUCCCCCGAGCCUGCCCCAGGUUUCCGCUUCUACCGCCCCCUCGGGGAGCUCGCUGGGCCGCUGCGGUGGUGACAGUUUCUCUGGUGACGACAGUGUGGAAAGGGCCCCACGCCCUUCCCAACCACAACGGCUUCUGCUUGCUUGUUCCAGUGUUUCUUUUGUCAGCGAGUCCAGCAGAGCUGUCACUCUGUGCCUGCCAGCCCCGAGCUGGGCGAGGGGCCCCCGGCAGAGAUGGUGAAGAUGACAAAGGCCAAAACUUUCCAGGCUUACCUGCCUCACUGUCACCGAACUUAUAGCUGUAUUCACUGCAGAGCCCAUCUAGCCAGCCAUGACGAGCUGAUCUCUAAGUCUUUUCAGGGAAGCCAGGGACGAGCCUACCUCUUUAAUUCUGUGGUAAACGUGGGCUGUGGCCCAGCAGAGGAGAGGGUCCUUCUCACUGGCUUACACGCAGUAGCAGAUAUCUAUUGUGAAAACUGUAAAACCACUCUGGGCUGGAAAUAUGAACAUGCCUUUGAGAGCAGUCAGAAGUACAAGGAGGGGAAGUUCAUCAUCGAGUUAGCUCACAUGAUCAAGGACAAUGGUUGGGAGUGAGCGGAGGGCGGGCAGCCAGAGUCCACUGGCCCCCGGCCUCUGCCAGGCAGAUGAACGCAGCUCGAAGGACCUCUGACGGGCCCAGGUUUGCCGUGGACAAAGGCAGCCCGACGGUUGUCACCUGGGGUUUCCAGUGGACUUUUUUGCUCCUCUCUGGUCAAAUGAACUAAGUGGGAAUUACCUCUCCUGGUCACUUCUUACUGUGACCUUGUGCUGUUUGAGCUGGUCCCUAAGACACACUAGCAGAAAGUGGCCCGGAGUCUCUGGGAUGGGGACAGGGAUGGAUGGAGACUCCAAACCCCGAAUGUGGGGCAGUGAAAGGGCUCAGGAUGGCCACUAACACCUCUCCCCGAUAGCAUCACCGGGGGUGCCAGCAGUGCUCCCGUUGCCUCCUUCCAAUGAAGGCCGACUACUCUUCAUUUUGUCUCAGUUUUUUGUUCCUCUUCCUCCCCACCCCCACCCCCCCAAAUCCAGAGGAUAUUGGUUGUAUUUUAUAUAGCCGUUAACAAGGAAAUAUAUUUAAUGGAAGCAUCUGCCUUGUUCCAAGAGUUGUCCCAAGCCACUGCCCGCGGAACCAGAGAGGGCGCCGGCAUGGAGCCCCAUCUCCACUUGGAUACUGACGCGGUACCUUUAAUGGGGACCGCGGGGAUGCUGACUUAUUCCGUGGCUGGCUCCCCCUGGUGGCAGAGCUGAAUGCACUGGAGAAAGCAAAGGGAAGCAAAGCAAAACAGAAUUCUUCGUUGAUCUUUUACUCUUGGUGUACUUGAAAAAAGAUGGUUAUUUUUCCACAGGAGAGGGGCUGGGCUAGACAGGAAACCCUUCAGAAGUACUUGAGAAUUGUUCGUUUUAAUUUUCUUCAAAAGUUUAAAUUACAAGAUAGUUGAAAAUUUUUAAAUAAAAAGGGUGUUUGGUUUGCUGGAUAAAUCAUCCCCUGAAGCAUUUUUCUAAUAAAAUUAAUAGGAAAUCACCCCUUUUCCUCCUCCUCCUCCUCCUGCUCCUUUUCUCCCCAGUCGCUUUGAAACCGGAUUGAUGUGAACAGGCAUGUUUUUCAAGGCUCAGAAAGGCUGUGCACAUCUUCAGAGUUGAUGGGUGAAAUUCUCCAAGGGAAAACUCCUUCACCUCUCAGCCCCUGGGUUCCUGUCCUCAAGCUGCUCACCCCUCUGCAGGGCUAGCCUCCACACGCCUUGGACCCAGGCCCUAAUUGUUCUCUUUGCCACCUGCACAACUUUUGUCUGGAGCCUUUGCUGCUGUGGCUGCCCUUGUCCCAGGGGAGCCUGUGCCAGCCCUUCCCAGCUCCAGUGACUCAUCCUGCCUUUAGCAUUUGAUCUAAUUGGAUGCCAGGAAAGGAAGGAGGCUCCAGAUGCCUGGUUUAGGAAGAGCCUUGCCCAGUCAUCUGGGAGCUCUGGGCCUUUUUUGCCAACACUGUGCAAUUCAGGCAGCCCAUCCAGCACAAGUAAGGAGGAGGGGAAGAGUGUUUUGGACCACACUUAGUUCUUGGAAGAAUCGAUUCUGAGUAGCUCAGGGGGAGUCGGGGAAGAAUGCCCAGUUAUGGGUUAGCACUGGCAAAGUAUUCUUUCCAUUCCGCCAAAUCAGUGCCAACCUUGACCCCCUGAGCUGGUGACACAGAGGUUGGGAGAGAGAUGCUUGGUCCCUUUGACCCUGUGGUCAAGCAUUUUGGGCCAAGCAUACAACCUAUGAAGGUCAUCAGCUGCCAUGCCUAAUGACCCUGCAGAUGGCUCCCAGUAUGGAUGGCCUGUUGCUCAUUCCCAACGGAGAAUAUGUUCAACCAGCUAGCUGAGAUUGCCAGCCAGACAUCCGAGACAUCCACUCUUAAAUAAACGCUUGAAUUUUCAACGUAAAGAAAAUUUUUCAGCAAAAUCUUUUAAGCUCUCAAUGUAUCGAGGUGUUGGCCCACACAAAGGACCAGCCAAGGGCAGUCUGGCCCUCGGGUGCCCGAGCAGCCUUGUCUUCAGUGCACUUGUUCGUAUUUCAGAAUAUAUCAAACUGUUUAGGGUUCAAUGACCUGGAUUCUCUUGCCACGGAGUUGCGAAGGUCCGAGAUGACCCGUGUAGCUGCCUUCAGUGCCUCUCACAAGCUGAGGAACACAUUAGACCUCGGCUUGGUGACUGGUGUGAGGAGAUGAGUAAUUAAUACUAAUGAAUGGUGGCACUUUCUUGCCUUUCCUUUCCCACCCCUGGGGAGGCUUGGUGACGGUCCUGGAGAAGAUUCUGUUCCAGAGGCAGCACAGAAGGCUGAUGGGGGAUUUGGGCGGAGGGAGGGUCCAGAUUCUGGGGAUUUAGGAAAGAGGCCAGUCUGGUUACUGAGCUUGCUUUCAAAAAAUUAUUUUAACCUUACUUGAAGAGAGAAUUUUACUAUGUGUUUUUCUUCUAACCAAUUUUUGUACAUAUAUUAAGAUUAUAUUUAAAGUUUUUAUCUACGUUCUGGGUGAGUUUACUUCCUCUCUAACGUGAGCACUUUUGUGACUUGUACUGUCCAUCUUCUCUGUGGUAUAACACACGCGCACGUGCACACACACUUUUUACUAUUGGUCAUAACAUUGACAUUCUUUUAUAAUUGAGACCACAGCUUUUACAGUUGUUUUUUGUCGGUGGUCACAUUUUGCCAGGCGCUAGCCUCCUCGGACUGGGAGCUAAGGAAGCGCCGGCAAAUCCUGACUUGUACGGGAAUGUUUUUUUAGGCCUUGUUGGGCCUCCUGACCCGACAGCUUUCAGCGUCUAGAGUCUUGGGUUUACUGGAAACUUGUGUCUUACACUUCCUUCCUUGGUGAACAGUGGGCAGGGGGGAGCGGGUUGUGACCUUUGUCACAAGCUGCUCAUCCAAUCGAGUUGGUUCCUAAGCUUGCUUUGAUUCAGUUCUUCUCUUAGACGCAGUCCUCCCUUUCAUCUCUUGAUGGAUCAGAACGGGUCUGAGAUGCCCCUUUGGCCAACUUUAUGGCAACGUCCCCGACGUGGUGCAUUUGUAUAACCUUGGUGCUUAUGGGGACCUUGUAACCCAGUGUCUGGGGAACACGUUUUACCCUGGGCACUUGGGCCAGGGCUUGUAUUUUUUUACGAUGCAUUUGUCUAACGGAAAGGGGGAGCCUGUGGCUAUCCCCUACCCCUGCCCUCCCCUCUGGUGGCCUGCUUGCCCCAUUGGUUCCUGGAUAUCCCCAGCAUCACCGGGGGCUGCAGGCUUUGGUCAGGAAAGGUGGGAGCCUUUCUGUGGGCUGCCCCUUAAGAGCUCUGAACAUGUAAUAGCCGUCACAGAAUUGGUCAUUUCCCAGUGACCCAAAGGCCUAGAAUGUUGGAUUCCUUCACUGCUGUAACUUUGGGUUGUAAUGUUAUGAAACCCAUCUUUUUUUUUUUAAACAAAGGCUUUCAUCUCCUGUAGCUUCAGCCAGCUCUGCGGUUGGGUGGGCACCGAACGUCCUUUGUUUGGGGUCAUGGUUGACUGGAUCUGUUAUUCCAGAUAUCAAAAUAAAGCUUUUGGUUAACACACAA